CAAACGAACCCCGGCGGGGUCAACCAACACAGUGGAGAUUUCCUCUCGUUAAGGAACCUAGUAAGAUCGAUCAAGCUCACCUCCGGAAGUCCCGAACGGGGUAACCACUGCAAUCUGUCGAACGCGGAUCUUCCCUAUUGUCGGCCCCACCCUUCCUCUCCACGGAAAAUGCCUGAAGCCCAUCGUCUAGCUGCAAUAAGCUCAUCACCACGCCCCGAAUCCGCCUGCUGUCGAUCUGCCUGAGAAAAAACUCCCUCCAAACUCGGCAUCUUUCUUUAUUAAUAUAACUCAAAUAAAUUAGGUACGCAAAUUAUUAAAAGACCGAGCUGACCUAAUAUUAGAUAGCUGAAUUUGACAGUUAGAUAGCUCAACCAUGGACGCUUUUGUGGUAUAGAGUGAGAAUGUCAAGCUAUGGAAACAUAAGGUUUCCAUUUUUUUACUGAUGUUAUUGCUGCCCACACAACAGUAGAUGAAAGAUGAAGCGUUUUGUUUAUAUUGACGAUGAUGCUCCAUCACAAGAUACUUUUUGUGACAACCGCAUAUCAAAUCGAAAAUAUACAUUGUGGAACUUUCUUCCAAAGAAUUUGUGGGAACAAUUCAGCCGGUUUAUGAACCAAUACUUUUUGUUGAUUGCUUGCCUUCAACUAUGGUCACUCAUAACACCAGUGAAUCCAGCUAGCACAUGGGGGCCCCUUAUUUUUAUAUUUGCAGUGUCGGCUACAAAAGAGGCAUGGGAUGAUUACAAUAGAUAUCUCUCAGACAAGAAAGCUAAUGAGAAAGAAGUUUGGGUUGUACGACAUGGCAUUAAAAAGCACAUUCAAGCUCAACACAUCCAUGUUGGUAACAUAGUGUGGCUUCGGGAGAAUGACGAAGUCCCUUGCGAUCUGAUCUUAAUUGGAACUUCUGAUCCACAAGGUCUUUGCUAUGUGGAGACAUCUGCCCUUGAUGGUGAAACUGAUCUGAAGACAAGGGCAGUAGCUCCUGCUUGCUUGGGAAUUGACUCUGAAUUAUUGCACAGAAUAAAGGGUGUUAUUGAAUGUCCCAAUCCAGAUAAGGACAUCAUGAGAUUUUAUGCAAAUAUGAGACUGUUUCCGCCAUUUCUUGAUAAUGAUGUAUGCCCCUUAACCAUAAAAAAUACAAUACUUCAGUCGUGUUACUUAAGGAACACUGAGUGGGCUUGUGGAGUUGCAGUUUAUACAGGAAAUGAAACAAAACUGGGAAUGAGCAGGGGUCUACCUGAACCCAAGCUUACGGCUGUUGAUGCUAUGAUUGACAAACUGACAGCAGCAAUAUUCAUUUUUCAAAUUGUUGUUGUUGUUGUUUUGGGCAUAGCUGGGAAUGUAUGGAAAGAUACUGAAGCCAGGAAGCAAUGGUAUGCACAAUAUCCAGAUGAAGGCCCAUGGUAUGAGUUACUGGUCAUCCCUCUUCGGUUUGAGCUUCUUUGUUCCAUCAUGAUACCAAUUUCAAUAAAGGUAUCUCUGGAUCUUGUGAAAAGCUUGUAUGCAAAGUUUAUUGAUUGGGACUAUGAGAUGGUUGACUUAAGAACUGGGACACCAUCAAAAGCUACAAACACAGCCAUUAGUGAAGACUUGGGACAAGUCGAAUACAUAUUGACUGACAAAACAGGGACACUUACUGAGAAUGAAAUGAUUUUUAAAAGAUGUUUUAUUAAUGGAAGUUACUAUGGGAGUGAGACGCUAGAUGCUAUAAAAGAUGCUGAACUGCUUAAUUGUAUUACCUCUGGUUCUUAUGAUGUUAUCCGAUUUUUGACUGUUAUGGCUAUAUGCAACACAGUGGUUCCUGUACAAAGCAAAGCUGGACCAAUCUCAUAUAAGGCACAGUCUCAAGAUGAAGAAGCCCUUGUUCACGCUGCUGCUGACUUAAAUAUGAUUUUACUCAACAGGAAUGGAACUGUUCUUGAAAUAAACUUUAAUGCUUCAAUGAUUCAGUAUGAAGUAUUGGACACUCUGGAGUUCACUUCUGACAGGAAGAGAAUGUCUGUGGUUGCCAGAAACUGCCAGACUGGAAAAAUCUUUCUCCUCUCAAAAGGAGCAGAUGAGGCAAUCCUUCCCUGUGCAUACACUGGACAACCAACAAGAUUGUUCUCUGAGGCUGUAGAUCUGUAUUCUCAGUUAGGUCUGCGAACCCUAUGUUUGGCUUGGCGUGACGUAGAAGAGGAGGAGUAUCGUGAAUGGUCCAUGAUGUUUAAAGAGGCUAACAGCACAUUGAUAGACCGAGAGUGGAGAGUGGCUGAGGUCUGCCAAAGAUUAGAGCAUGACUUGGAGAUAUUAGGAGUUGUUGCUAUUGAAGACCGACUACAAGAUGCUGUCCCUGAAACCAUUGAGACACUCAGGAAAGCAGGAAUAUUCUUCUGGAUGCUGACUGGUGACAAGCAAAAUACCGCUAUACAGAUUGCACGGUCUUGCAAUUUAGUUUCUCCAGAACCUAGGGGCCAACUUCUACCGAUUAAUGGAAAAACUGAGGAUGAAGUAUCUAAAAGCCUUGAGAGAGUUCUACUGACAAUGAGAAUAACAAACUCAGAGCCCAGGGAUGUAGCAUUUGUCAUCGAUGGCUGGGCUCUUGAAAUUGCUCUUAAGCAUCAUCGGAAAGCUUUCACAGAACUUGCCAUACUCUCAAAGACAGCUAUAUGUUGCCGUGUCACUCCAUCUCAAAAAGCUCAGCUUGUUGAACUUCUAAAAUCUUGCGACUAUAGAACUCUGGCAAUAGGGGAUGGUGGGAAUGACGUGAGGAUGAUUCAACAAGCUGAUAUUGGUGUUGGCAUAAGUGGGAGAGAAGGAUUACAGGCUGCUAGGGCAGCUGACUAUAGUAUUGCAAAAUUCCAGUUCUUGAAACGACUAAUACUUGUCCAUGGGCGAUACUCUUAUAACCGGACUGCAUUUCUUUCUCAAUAUUGCUUCUACAAAUCUCUCUUGAUUUGUUUCAUCCAAAUUUUUUUCUCAUUUAUUUCAGGUGUCUCUGGAACUAGCCUUUUCAAUUCUGUUAGUUUGAUGGCUUAUAAUGUGUUCUACACAAGCGUUCCGGUUCUGGUCAGUGUUCUUGACAAAGAUCUGAGUGAAAAAACUGUAAUGCAGCAUCCUCAAAUACUGUUUUACUGCCAAGCUGGAAGGCUUCUUAACCCUAGCACCUUUGCUGGAUGGUUUGGUCGAUCUCUUUUCCAUGCUAUUGUUGUCUUCGUCAUUACCACACAUGCUUAUGCUUUUGAGAAGAGCGAAUUAGAGGAGAUGUCAAUGGUGGCACUUUCUGGAUGUAUAUGGUUGCAGGCAUUCGUCGUUGCAAUAGAGACCAACUCCUUCACUUUAUUGCAACAUAUUGCCAUAUGGGGAAAUCUUGUUGGAUUUUAUUUUAUCAACAAUGUUCUUAGUUCUUUGCCAUCAUCCGGGAUGUACACAAUCAUGUCACGGCUGUGUAGUCAACCAUCUUACUGGAUUGUUGUCUUUCUUAUAGUUGCGGCUGGAAUGGGACCAGUUCUAGCUCUGAAGUACUUUAGAUACACAUACAAGUCAAGCAAAAUCAACAUACUGCAGCAAGCUGAACGUCUCGGAGGUCCAAUCCUGUCAUUGGGACACAUAGAGCCGCCUGCGACUAGAUCCUCCUUAGAGAAAGACGUGUCUCCUUUAUCAAUCUCUCAAUCCAAAAACAGGAGCCCGGUACACGAGCCUCUUCUCUCAGACUCUCCAAGUGCAACUAGACGUUCUUUUGGACAAGCUGCUGCACCAUUUGAUUUCUUUCCGUCACACUCCCGUUUAUCUUCAAACUAUGCCAGAAAUUCCAAGGACAAGUGAGUGAUGAUAGGCAUAGCACACUACUUUAUGGGUCACCUAUCUUUUUUCUUUGUGGUGAAAUUCAUUUCAUCAUCAACAUUAUAGCAUAGGGAUAGAGAUUUUGAGCCUUUUUUUUGUAAAUCAGGAAAUGCAUCUUUCUAUUCACUUGCAGGUUAAUCUAAGUAUACUUCUCGAUUAUUUAUUGAUUAUGAAAACUAUGAACACAUUUGUUUACUCUCAAACUGUCAGACGAGUAAAAAAAUCAAAUAGAUCAAUUCCAAAUGAGAACACUCCAGAUGUAAUUAAUGCAAUAAUAAUGCCUUA